GAAUAAACCAAAAACCACAAACGGCUACUUAAUUGUACUGUUCUUAAUUUCAAAUACUCAUACUUUCCCUCCCACAUAUAUAUUCGAAUUUUAUUCCCAAAUCCACACUCUUAAAUUGCAAUUUUUCCAAACCAAAAACAAAAUUUUGUAAAUCGAAAAAGCUAAUGGAUUGGAACGACGGCGAAUCAGGCUUCGCCGCCGGCUUUCCUCCCGCAUUGGUCUCAUUAACUCCAUUCCCCUCCACAGCCUCGCCCACGCCGCGCCGCCUCUCGAGCUGCUUCACGCUGCCGGCGGCGCCGGUCAGAUCGAAACGGCGCCUGGCAUGGGUGUCCCUCCAGGGGCGCCUAGUCGGAGCCGAGGAAGCCAGCUCGGCUAAGACUGUCGACCCAAACGGCGCCUUCACCGCCAAAGAGGCCGCGGCGUGGGAGCUUUUCACUCCAGCUCAACGUUUUUUGACCGUCGCCGUUGUCGGAGCUGCAGCCAGUGAUUCGAAGAAGAAUGAGCAGAUUUUCAAUUUGAAAAAAUCAGUUCAACUCAGGGAUCAGGUGCUCUAUAGCAUGCAGAAAAAGCUGGACAAUCUAUGUGAGCAGCUGAGUUAUUUCAAGGAUCAGCCUGAAGUUGAGGCUACAACAACAAUGGAAUGUGGUUGUAAGCUUAAACAUCAUAGCCUCACACCUCAUGAUUCUUUGUUCAACACAUCAGCCAAAGGAUCAAAUGGGGAUGAGGAGUUCAAGUACAAAUUGCCAAUAUCAAACCAGGCUGAGCUGGAUGAGCGCCGGAUGUCUGAUUUGUCUGAUUGGGCUCCCAGUGUCACCUCUUCUGUUGAUAUUGAGUUGGAUAGUUUAUCACUAGAAGAUGGUAUCGACGACUUGAAGAAAGAAUGUGAGGAAAAGGAUGCUACCAUCAAGGAACUGUCUACUUAUCUUCGGUCAUCUGAAGUCCUGAGUUCAAAGAGGAUUAUGGAGUUGGAAGACAUCAUUCGUUGUAAAAAUAUGAUCAUCAACAAGCUCCGGAAAGACAUAGUAACUUUGGAGCAGAAGGUGGUGGGUCUAACAAGGCGCCGAAGACAGUCUUUCCCAGCAGAUCAUGUGCAGCAUCUUCCUACAUUGACAGAUAAUGUGGUUUAUGAUAUGGACAGCACGACAGAUCCUUCGUCCUCAGAUUCGGACAGCAUUCCCAGGAAUCGAGCGCUUGUGGAAAGGCAACAAAUCAGUGAGCAGAAAGGCUCCAAGGGAGACGUGAAAUGUGAUCUUGCUAAGAGUUCACCUUUGGUUCAACAAGGUGUGAGAAAGAACACAUUUAGUCCAAAUACGACGACGACUGAGAUCAGAAGCAGGAGACGGCCUCCUAUAAAAUCCAAGGAAGUAGGGGCUCAAAAGAGAUGGAUGUAAUGACUUAAUCUUUUGUUAGGCCAUUGUUAGUAACAUGUUGGAUUUUCUUCAUGGCAUCAUCUCGAUUAUGAGGAAAUGACAACGUAUUCAGCUGCACUUUUGUAGAAUACUAUUAAUGUUUUGGCACAACGGCAAUCUAAUUUGUUUCCAUCA